AAAAUGCUAAUAAUCAAGAACAUUGGUUCGCCCACGCGCGACACGAGCCGUUCGGAGAUUUGCUCGGGAUGCGAAAUGAACGGCUGAUCUCCUCCAGAAUAGAGCAUUUCAUUACACUGAAGGAUGCCUUCUUUUCAACCAUAAAAAUCCUAAUUGCCUCGCUCCGUCUCCACUCUUCCUUGUCCCUCCCUCAUUUCUCUCUCUCUCUCUCUCUCUACCCUCCAACUCACAGCAGUGGCGGAGGCACGGCGUCAGUGGCAGCCUGCGUGGCUACACGCGCCACCCUCUUUCUCUCUCUAAACGACGGCCUCUUUGUCCCCACGCCAGAAAAAUCCCCUUCUCUCUCUCUCUCCACAACUACAACAGCGGCCGACUGGAAGAAUCGCCUUCUCUGAUUUCAUUCCCCGCCAGUCGUUCCUCUCCAUUAAGAAUUAACAGCUCCGAAACACUCAUCUAAAUCCAAAUCUUCUUUCCCUCCCUCCCUCCCUCCCUCUGUGGCGGUGGGUUGCUCGGGCGUGGUUAUUCGCCAAAUCUGGAGCAACCCCAUUUCAUCCAUUUUCGGAAUCUAUAUCGCACAUGGUCGGUUUCGAUUUUUCUUUCUCUUGUUGGUUUGCGUCUGUUACACUAUAAACUUCCAUGGUUCCGCCGUUUCGUAUUCGCCAUCAAAGUAGCUCCUUUUCGGAUUCUUCGCCAUCGCCAUCGACUCUUUCUCGCAAAUCUUGAAACUUUCGCUUGAAUCUGCCUUCACCCGUUUAGCCUUCGACUCUGAAGAAGGCUCUCAACGAGGUACUUUUUGUCUCUCGAUCUAACGGAGCUAUUUCCUUUUCCUUCUUUUUGCGUUUCUUUCUUUCCUGUGCUUCGUUGAUCCGGUUGUUGUUUCAAUCCGUGAGGCCUUUACUCAUAGUUUGAGAUGAUGGAUGGAGAAACAUCUUGGGUUAGUCACUGCAAUGAUGAUACUGCUAGACACAUAGAUGAGUUUGAAUUGUUCUCUGAGCUUAGCGAUGAAGGCAAUCAAGCAGCUUCUGCAGUCUCUCUGGAUUUAAUCUUGCCGGAUGAUCUCUUGGAACGAAUCUUGGCUUGUCUCCCUGUUGCAAGCAUCUUCAAAGCAGGUUCUGUCUGUAAAAGAUGGCAUGAAUUAGUUAGCUCAAGAAGGUUCUUAUGGAACCUGUCACAGGUACCGUCUCAGAAACCAUGGUAUUUCAUGUUUAUGAGUUCUGAUGAGCCUGGUGGGUAUGCCUACGAUCCAACCCUUAGGAAGUGGUACAAUGUUGGCCUGCCUUGCAUUGAAACGCCCAAUUGGUUCAAAGCUUCUUCAUGUGGGCUGGUUUCCUUCAUGGACAAUGACAGUAGAAGUGAAUUAUACGUCUGCAACCCGAUCUCUAGACGUUCGAGGAAGCUAGCAGAGCCCCCGGGUUUGAAAUUUUCUGAUUAUAGUGCCCUGGCAAUGUCGACCAGCAGAGUUUCCAAUGGUUAUCAGAUCUCUAUUGUGAAAUCAAAGGAAGUCCCUGGGAAAAUUUUCCAGUGGGAUAUUUCAAUUCAUCUAUAUGAUUCCGAGACUAGGAUGUGGGCCACAUUGUCUACUGAGGUUUUCACUGGUUGGAGGGCUGGUGAUGAGAGUGUCAUUUGUGAUGGCAUUUUGUACUUCUUGAUUUACUCGACAGGUGGUGGUGCACCUGAAAACCGUCAUGGCCUAGUACCAUAUGAUCUCUCAGGCCGAUCUUCCCAUGCUUUGUUGAUCAGAAACUCUAUUGCAGUACCUUGCCCCCUUACGUGUGGCCGUCUGAUGAAUCUGAAGGAGAACCUGGUUAUGGUGGGAGGCAUUGGAAAACAAGAUCGGCCUGACAUAAUUAAGGGGAUUGGCAUCUGGAUGUUGAGAGGGAGGGAGUGGCAAGAGAUCGCCCGCAUGCCCCAUAGGUUCUUUCAAGGAUUUGGGGAACUUGAUGAUGUUUUUGCCAGCAGUGGUAUGGAUGAUGUGAUAUACAUCCAGAGCUACGGCUCCUCAUUGCUUCUUCUUUUUGACAUGAACCAAAAACAAUGGAAGUGGUCUCUAAAGUGCCCUGUGACGAAGAGGUUCCCUCUUCAGCUUUUCACUGGUUUUUCGUUUGAGCCCAGGCUUGAAAUUGCUCCCUAAUAUGUUUUUUGUUCGAUUCGAUGGUCGCUUUUGUCGGAGCAACACUUCAUGGUCUUUGUGUUUGUUUGCAAUUAACUUAAGUUAUAUGGUCAAGUGGCAUGACAAAGUUUAUAGAGAUCGUAGCAGCAAUGGAAGCAGAUAUCAUUCUUUGCAUUCAGAAAAUGGGAGUAAUAUGAGCUUUGGGUUCUCUUUUUAUUUUUAUU